UCUAUGAGGCCCGCAAAAUAAACUCAGUGUGUGUGAUUGAGUGUGACACUCCUUAACUACAAGCUCAGGCGUCGCAGGCUCACCUGGAUACCGUAGCGGUGUCGGACCGACACCCUCACAGACAGCGUUCCUGAUGGGACACAGCCAAGGACGUCCACCAGCGGAAGACAGAGACACUCACCAAGCUUUCUGCUGGUCGCACAGGCGAAGCACGGACAGCAACAGCAGACUAAACAACCUGAGUGAUGACAACAACGUCAACAACAACAGCAACAACACAGGGGCGCUCGCGUGAUGCCUACACUCGCUUUUAUCAUCACAACAGUCGCAGAUUCCAGACGACCAUUCAGCUGAGAGAUCAAGCGAAGGCUGCGAAGGCUGCGAAGUCACCGGCCAGAGGGCGGCUGACAUCUUCCCUGAGACACACACGAGUUCGCUUGACCAGGAAUGACGAACUGAAAAUAAAAUCUCACCUGUAGCUCUUCGUUUUCUCGGUCCUCAAGACUAAGACUCAGGAAACCUGCGAGACUCGCUGGACCAGAACAUGAUGACCUCAUUGCGCAUGCACACACACUCACACAUCCUCUUCGCUGCAAGCUGACAGGCAAUCACAUAUUUUAACAACAGAAAAGAGGAACCAAGUACAAGCACAAUAUAAAGGCUCGCAAGAGGCCGUGGCUCCAGACAUGGAGGAGAUCUACGUGAGACAUGUGAAGCUUUUGGGAUUUGAGAAAAGAUAUUUUCCGAGUAAACACUUUGUCUACAUGCUGAUGGUGAAAUGGAGCGACCAGGCAGAGAAGCUGGUCUACAGGACGUAUCCUCAGAUUCACACCUUCCACAAAUUGUUGAAGGAGAUUUUCCCCAUCGAAUCGGGGCAGAUAGAGAAGCGAGACAGAAUUAUCCCAUCACUACCAGCUCCUCGCUGGGUCGACAGUCAGAAGUCACUAGAGAGUCGCCAGAACACUCUGACCGAGUACUUUGAUGCUCUGGUGGCCUUGCCAGCCCACAUCGUCCGCUGCCAGCUUCUCUGUAGCUUCUUCAAAGUCCGACCAGAAGAUGAGAGCCCGCCGGUCGCAAACGCAUCGGCCACCUUACAGCAGAAGAAAAGCGAGACGCUGGUGGUGUCGGAGGGAAACGUGUCCGAAAUUUCAGGUCCGAUCCUCCUGGACUCAUACCGAGUGGUGGCAGACUUCAACAAGACCUCCAAGCAUGAGAUGAAUCUGAAAACUGGAGACCUUGUGGACAUCAUUGAGAAAAACCAGAACGGUUGGUGGUUCUGUCAGAGUGAGUCCAAACGGGGCUGGGUCCCGGCAUCAUACCUGGAGCCUCUGGACGGUCCAGAGGAGUCAGAGGACCUUGAGCCUGACUAUGAAGGAGAGCCGCACGUCACCACCCAAGCCUACGAAGCUCAGCUGGAAGACGAGAUCUCGUUGGGCCGAGACGAGACCAUUGAGGUGAUCCACAAACUCCUUGACGGUUGGUGGGUCGUCAGGAAGGGAGAGCAGACCGGGUACUUCCCCUCAACCUUCCUUGAACCAGUGGGUUUGCAGAACACGGAGCACGUGAACAAGCGUCCUCCACCCCGCAGGUCAACCAUCAAGAACCUCAAGAGCAUCCAUGGCAAGAACCGUCAGCGCCUCAGCCAGGAUGUCUACCGCAGGAACAGCCGCCGCUUCCUGCAGCAGAAGGUCCGUACCCCAACACCGUCACCGAGGGACCCCAAGGCGACCAGGCCGAGCCGAACCAAAGACACAAAGGGCCCCGACAUGAAGACGGAGCUGACUGGAACUGGUUCUGCCCCGGGGUCAGGCCCCGUGGUCCCCCCAAGGCCUAGUCCAGAGGUCAUCCUGCAGAGGUGCACAGACAGCACCCGCAAGAGGGUCAGCGUGCACGAGCCUGUGACCACCAACUAACACACACGGAGCUCCUGCUCCACUCGUGGGGGAUAAAUAAUAAA